CUUGGUUGUUCUGAUGAUGACAUAAAAGAACUUCUGCAGCUAUCGCAGGAGUUCGAUUUAGUGCGGUACCCAGACCAGGUUGCCCUUGAAAGACUUUUCCGAGUUGAAGAUAUUAGAGUUGGGGCUACUUCUCGAAAAGCAAUUCCCUUACUAGUUGAACUUCUUAAACCAAUUCCAGACCGCCCCGGUGCUCCUCUUCUUGCACUUAAUCUUCUAACUCAGCUUGCCGGAGACUGUCCACAAAAUAUGAUUGUCAUGGUAGAGUCAGGUGCUCUUGAGGGCCUCUCGAAAUAUCUUUCCCUUGGACCUCAGGACGAGCAAGAGGAAGCUGCAACAGUUCUUUUAGGCAUCUUAUUUAGCAGUGCUGAAAUUCGAAGGCAUGACUCAGCAUUUGGUGCCGUCAGCCAACUUGUAGCAGUUUUGCGUCUAGGUGGAAGAGGAGCUAGGUACAGUGCUGCCAAGGCAUUGGAUAGUCUCUUUACCGCUGAUCAUAUAAGAAAUGCAGAGUCUUCUAGACAAGCUGUUCAGCCAUUGGUA